UAACAAAUCGCAUUCAUACCCGGCAAGCAGCUGACAUUUAUUUUUCAUUUUCAUCUUGCAUUCCUAAAUUAAUUUUUGAUUUAAAUUCAUGAGAAAUUUAAAUUUUCUAGGCGUUUUCACAUCAUGGCUUCAAAAUCUACGCCCUUAAUUAAAGGUCCACUCCAGGUCGAUUUGGUAAUUAGUGCAAUUAAUAUUUUCUGAUAUUCACUGUCUCUCGUUGAUUAAUUAUACAUAAAGUGAGUGAGUUAUGUACUGUGCGGGUGGAGCUUAAACCUACGGCCUCCUGAAGUACCUUGUGCUGAGACUAGGGUUUCUCGUGAGUUUAACUCCAUCCGCACAGUACAUAACUUACUCACUUUAUGUAUAAUCAAGAAUAAAUUAUCGCCAAUAUUUUCGGAUAUAUUGCAUAUUAUUAUGUAUUGCAGAUUUUGGAAAACAUAUUUCGAAAUUUGGAGAAAUCCGCGAUUAUAAGUUGCCUUUCCACUUGUCGACAAUGGCGCAAGGUUGUGAUAGAGGGUCAAUUUUUAAAGAAAGUAUGCGACACCCAGAUAAUUUUUGAGCAACCAGGAGGUAGAGUUUACAGAUUAACUGAUUUUUUGUCUCUUCAUAGAGUACAAUUAUUUGCAGUGAUUUAUAUUUUCAGAUGAACAAAACGAUGUCACCAGUAAUUGUCAUCGGAUCUUGGAUUACAUUUCUCUCAUCGACUCUGGAUCGCCGCUCCACUUCACCAACUUUUGCUUUCAUAACAUUUCUUUCCAAGAUUUGGAGAUGCAGAAAUUUUUAGAGAAAUGUGGCUCAGAAAUUAAAACUUCAAAACUAACACACAACGUGGUAUGCUAUGAAAUACUUUAUGCAUGAGAUGAUUUUAAAAAAUAUGUGUAUGCACAUAUAUGCAAAUCUACUUAUAUUCAGAUUGAACGGAACGAUGUGGAUUUGCCAUGUCUAAAAACUCUACUUUUAGUUCAGUGUCCCAAUUUGCAAAGUUUCGACCUCGGACAAAUUCCCGACAGUGGAUUUUUGUCGGUUAUAGAGGCGGCUUCACCACCUAGGACAAAAAUUUCAAAUUUAACCAUUCAUGACAAUACAUCGUCCUCAUACAUAGAAUCGUCCCGAUUUCUAAGGGACUUGGCCCUGAUCCAGAGAUAAAGGAAGUUAACCUUAAUAUGGAAGUUCGUCCUGACCUUCAAUCCGGCGUGGAGAGUUUUUUGCACGAAUUAAGGGAUGUGGGAAGGUUGGAAAGUUUGGACACACUUUGCCUCAGCUUUGUACACAGUAGGAUGAUCCAUGUUCUCAAAAGCGUUAAGGAAUUUUUCAACCUUAAGCAUUUUAUGGCUGAAUCAGUGAAUCUGAAUUCUCCAAGUGAUGCGCAUGACCUUGGCGAAUUUUUAAAUACACAGUCCUCAACCCUUGAGACGCUUAGUAUGCCAGAACUUUUGAAGGAUGGAUGGUGGACUCCUGUAUGCCCAGUGAUUUCGUUUUCAAUACCACAGUCAAUGCCAAAAUUAACCCUUCUUAAGAUCGGUGUAGAGAAAAGAUCCAACAUAAAGUUAGUCCCUGUGAAUCUUCCCUCUUUUUUCCCUUCCUUGAAAACCAUCAUCAUUCUCCACGAAUCAGAAAUGUCUGAAGAUGGUAAUAUUUCUGCACAACUUCUUGCCUCACCCAUGCCACACCCGAACCUGACCAGUCUCGAAUUACCAUCCUGCACAGAUGAUAACUCUGUUCAUGCAAAUAUUGACCACCUCUUUCCCAAUUUGAGGCACCUUUGUAUAGGAUAUCACAGCCGGAUGGCACAUCUCAACAUCUCCACAGAGUGUUCCAACUUGGAAUCGCUUAUCCUGUGUUGUCAUCCACCCCCCAAUUAUAUACCUUCGGACUUGGAUAUCCCUUUAGAACAACUACUCACAGGAUUCGAUUCUAAGCAAAUGAAUAUAGCAGCAGCAUCGGGUAGUCGAGGAAUGCGUUCCAAACCGGAAGAGCCCCCCAUCACCCGUCUCAGACGUCUUCGUGAACUUACAAUUCAUGGGGGAUAUGAAAAGACAAGUUAUUCCUUAAAACCUUCUGGUAGGAAAUACAUUGUGGGAGAUAUUGCGUUUCGUUAUGUAUUUGCAGAAAUGCCUGCCUUGAGGUAUCUUCAUAUAACGGUGGAAAAUGAUGUCUCUGGAAUUUACGUGAUGCGAGAGGCAUGUCCAAGUUUAACACUCAAAUAUGCCCCGGACAGGGACUUUAUCCAUUUAGAAUCGGACAAUUUUGAUUCCAAACCACACUCUCUUUUCUUUUAGGUCGGAAUUGUUAUUGUUAUAAUUUAAUUUAUAGCUUAAACGCGAGCUAUUAGACCGUUGAAUUUCCUGAUAGCCUUUUACUAAAUAGUACAUACGUAUGUAGAUCUCGUUGCUGAAAUCAAGGCUACAUUAAAUAUAUAUCAUACACACAUAUAUAACCCAGAAAGACUUAAGCUCUACCAUAAUUAAUGUACAAAAUUAGCGGGUAUUUAUUUGAAGGUCGUUGUACCUUUUGGAAAAGUUAUUAAAAUAUUACUAGCGUU